AUGAAGAGGAACCCUCGUAAAGUUAAAUGGACCAAGGCAUACAGGCGUUUGCAUGGAAAGGAUAUGACCCAGGAUGCAACCUUUGAGUUUGAGAGGAAGCGAAAUAGGUUAGAGAGAUAUGACAGGAAUCUAACAGAGAACACCCUGAAGGCCAUUAAGAAGAUUGAUAAAAUCAGAGUUGAUAGGGAGGCCAGACACCAUGCAAUGAGGAUGAAGGGAAAGAGAGCCAAAGAGCAGAAAGAGGCUACAAAAGAGCUGGAGCAGAGCAUCCACAUGGUCAAAGCUCCUGCUCCCCUCCAACAAGAGCCAUCUCUCACCUUACCGAAGAUUAAGGUCAAAGUUUCACUACAACAAUCAGAGGAAAAUCGUAUGGAAGAGUGAAAUUGUUAAGAAGGAAUACUGUCACACUCAUAUUUUAUGCCUUGAUUUUUCCGGAACUCAGAAUUCCAACAAAUUUGAGCAGGAUUUGUUGUCUGGGAGGUCAAAAUUACUUUUUUGUUCAUGGUUUUUUGUUUUCCUAGUUUUAUUGGUUUUAUCCUGAGUAUCACAAAUUAGAUAUCAAAGAUGUGGCCUUGGUAUUUAUUUUCCAUUCCCCCUUUUUUUUUUUUUGAAUGAAAUGGUAGGAAUUCGAUUUAU